UAGUUCCCACAUCUGAAAACAUGAAAAUGAUGUUGGGGCAAUUCUCCUUUGUUUUGUCUCUGGUCUUAACAUUGGCGCAACAUAGCCAGCCAGCAGUAAACUCAAAACAUCAAGACCAGCCCCAUUACGAUCCUUAUGCAAUGCUCAGUCAGAAAGAACUACCAUAUAGCAUGUCCAUGGAUAAUGUACUCUCAUCUGAUCAAUAUAAAUUUGAAAGAAUGAAUUCCUUUCCUCGUAAAUCUGAUGUGAAUCGUGAGGCCGUUGAUACUGAUAUGGCUCGUCUCUACCAAGAUGACGGCCUCGUCGACCCAUCCCUUGCAAAUGCAGAAUACCGUGGUCCUGCUGUUGGACUUCCACAGUCACUACAGGGAGAUGGUUUAUAUUUAGACCAAAGCCUAGUAAGUUCGCAAAGAGAUCCUCAAAAUAUGUUCGAUGUCGGUGUAGGUUCAGAUUUCCGAUUCCCGAGGGAGUUCGAAACCGGUGUAGGUUCAGAUUUCCGAUUCCCGAGGGAGUUCGAAACCGGUGUAGGUUCAGAUUUCCGAUUCCCGAGGGAGUUCGAAGUCGGUGCAGGUUCAGAUUUCCGACUCCCAGGAAAUGACUUCAUGGAUCAAAAGUUAUUGCUCGCACCGAGUAGGGAUGUUCCACGUCCGUAUACAACCGGAUUCCAACCUAAGACCUUGUAUUCGGAUUCUAAGAGUGCAUUGCCUGGAUUUUCAGAUGAUGAAGGACGUGCCUUAUUAAAUGGGAACAUGUUAUCUCCUGUUUCUGACAGUAUAUCAUUAGAUGGAAGUUUCGCAAAUGUCCACAGACGGGGUCUCGCUCGGUUUCCAUUACAGUCCUUGGAAUCAAGCAACCUACAUGCACCUCUAAGACGCAUGAAUCGAUUGUCACCGAUUUCAUUUAAUAGACUACCUCAUAGCAACGGCUUUCGAGCACGUAAUCCUUUGGUAUAUUCUCCACAGCGAAGAUUUUUGAAAUCCCCGGUAAGUUCAAGGAAUCGAGCAAUUCUGAGACCGAGAAAUAUUGCUCAACUGAGACGAGGAACACCUGUCCAGCGGCUGCAGAGACAUGCUGCCAGGAGAAUCCAAAUUUAUCCAAACCCGGUUCGCAAUAUUAUGGGUCUCUCUCGAAGUAGAUUAUCAAAUCCAUAUAAUCUACGUUCUAUGCAAUUCCCCUUAUCUCGUACAGCAGCCACGUCCUACAGGUUACUACCUGCCAAAACCUCCAAAGUGAUUAAUAAACAACCACCAUAUCAAGAAAUGUCUAAAUUGAGGCUGACACCAAAAAGAUCCACGUUAACUCAACCCAGUAGAGGAGUGCAAUAUACCAAUUUGUUUUAAUAAGUCAAAUUGCAAUAAAUGAAUUCAAAUAUUUCAAA